AAAAAAAAAAAAAAGAAGCACAAAAAAAGUGGAAACUUUUCCCCCCCUGUCCAUUCCAUCAAGUUCUGAAAAAUCAAAAUGGAUUUAGAGAAAAAUUAUCCAACUCCUCGGACCGGCAGGACAGGACAUGGAGGAGUGAAUCAGCUUGGGGGAGUUUUUGUGAAUGGAAGGCCACUCCCGGAUGUAGUCCGCCAAAGGAUAGUGGAACUUGCUCAUCAAGGUGUCAGGCCCUGCGACAUCUCCAGGCAGCUUCGGGUCAGCCAUGGUUGUGUCAGCAAAAUCCUUGGCAGGUAUUAUGAGACGGGGAGCAUCAAGCCUGGAGUAAUUGGAGGAUCCAAACCAAAGGUUGCCACGCCCAAAGUGGUGGAAAAAAUUGCCGAGUAUAAACGCCAAAAUCCCACCAUGUUUGCCUGGGAGAUCAGGGACCGGCUGCUGGCGGAACGAGUGUGUGAUAAUGACACGGUGCCCAGCGUCAGCUCCAUCAACAGGAUCAUCCGGACAAAAGUACAGCAGCCACCCAACCAGCCGGUCCCAGCUUCCAGUCACAGCAUUGUGUCCACGGGCUCCGUGACGCAGGUGUCCUCGGUGAGCACAGACUCCGCGGGCUCUUCGUACUCCAUCAGCGGCAUCCUGGGCAUCACGUCCCCCAGCGCCGACACCAACAAGCGUAAGAGAGAUGAAGGUAUUCAGGAGUCUCCGGUGCCGAACGGUCACUCGCUGCCGGGCAGAGAUUUCCUCCGGAAGCAGAUGCGGGGAGACCUGUUCACGCAGCAGCAGCUGGAGGUGCUGGACCGCGUGUUUGAGAGGCAGCACUACUCGGACAUCUUCACCACCACGGAGCCCAUCAAGCCUGAGCAGACCCCUGAGUAUUCAGCCAUGGCCUCCCUGGCUGGAGGGCUGGACGACAUGAAGGCCAACCUGACCAGCCCCACCCCUGCCGAUAUUGGGAGCAGCGUGCCUGGGCCACAGACCUACCCCAUCGUGACAGGCCGAGACUUGGCGAGCACGACCCUCCCCGGGUACCCUCCGCACGUCCCCCCCGCCGGACAGGGCAGCUACUCAGCACCGACGCUGACAGGGAUGGUGCCUGGGAGUGAGUUUUCCGGGAGCCCCUACAGCCACCCUCAGUACCCCUCCUACAACGACUCCUGGAGGUUCCCCAACCCGGGGCUGCUCGGCUCCCCCUACUAUUACAGCGCCGCUGCCCGAGGAGCUGCCCCACCUGCAGCCGCCACUGCCUACGACCGUCACUGACCCUCGGAGCCAGGCGGACGCCAGCACUGAUGACACAUACCACUGAGGGUGAUAGCCUCCCAGCCCCUUCAAAGACAGCCGGAGGGGCCCGACGAGAGCGUCCCCCAGCACCCUCCCCCCUCACUUGAAACUCUGCCCCCCCUUUCCUGUCAGGGACUCUGGGGUUCUAUGGUACGGCUGCUGGACUUCUGGACACCUGUCCGUUUCUAAGAGUCAAUCAAUGAGCUUCUCCCAGCGGUGACGGGGUCUCCACAAACCAACAGACUGUGCCGCCGGUAACUGCAGCCCCAGCCCCGCCUGCCAGUCCCCCGGCUGUCUGACCGUCUGCCCGUCUUCAGGCCCAGGCCUGGGAAGAAGAGCUUGCUGUGGUCGUUUCAACAGCACCUGUGUA